UCCAAAACGUUCAUUGGGGUUUUUACUGUGCAAUGUGUUUUGAGCACCGGUGGAUUCGUGAAAAAAUAAAUAAAAACCAGUUCAAACAUAUCUGGAAUAGGGAAAAUCAGUAAAUGCACGACUACCGGUGUGCCCAUAAUUCAAAGCACGGUGGAAAAAGAGAGAUUCACGGAGCGGGGGUGAACAAGCGCCUCAGAAAAGAAAGGUAUGGAGGAGGAUGGCAGCCUGAGCUCAGGGAUGGAGAUGGAGUUGGAGUUGGAUCCAGAGCUGGAGGAAGAGUUUGGUGUGUCUCUGGAUGAAUUGCGCAAGUGGAUCGAUGAGCAGGUAGACGGCAGUGAGGCUGUACUGCAGAGGAAAGCUCAGCUGGCACAGCUGCAGGACUGGGUUGAGCACAGGGAAAAGGAGGUGGCUGAUAUUGACACUCUCUGCUCCAAUGCAUCAGAGUCUGUGGUUCAGUGUGAGGCUUUGGUGAAGGAGGUGUACAGGAAGAUGGGUCUGGCGUAUCGCGAGAGCAGCUCGGAAGACGAGGGAGGAAGCAAAGAAAACACUUCUGAAGUCAUUGAGAUUGAUGAUGAUGAUGACGAUGAUGUCAUUGCUGUUGCAUGCGUUGUUCCUCCCAAGAAGGUUGUUACCCCAGCCAAGGAUACAGCGUUUAAGGAAGCUUCAGCUGCCCUUCAGAGAACAUCUAAGCAAGUGCAAAACCUGGUGCAGACCGUCAACAGAGCAGCCCCGCCUCCAUCGGGUAUCACCACACCCACCAAGACCUUGGCCUCUCCUUCACAAGCACACAGUGGUCUGACUGUUCCAGCAGUGUUUAUGUCCUCAGCCCCAAAGAAUGCGGCCACACAACCAAAUCCCAAUUUGAAACUGGACAGUCUGAAGAUAGACAUGACUCUUUUGGGGAAAAAACGAACUAAGACAUGGCACACUGGAACGCUUGUUGCCAUCAAGCAAGUGGGGAACAAUUUUAAGUAUAAGGUGAAGUUUGAGAAUAAAGGGAAGAGUCUUCUAUCUGGGAACCAUGUGGCUUUUGACUACCACCCAACACUGGAGAGACUGUAUGUUGGUGCCCGUGUUGUUGCCAAGUACAAGGAUGGCAACCAGGUCUGGCUGUAUGCAGGUGUGGUGGCUGAGAUGCCCAGCAGCAAGAACCGUAUGAGGUUCCUGAUCUUCUUUGAUGAUGGCUAUGCCUCAUACGUGGGUCUGCCCGAGCUCCACCCCAUCUGCAGGCCAAUGAAGAAGACCUGGGAGGAUAUUGAAGAUGCUUCAUGCAGGGAUUUCAUCGAAGAGUAUAUAACAUCAUAUCCCAACAGACCCAUGGUGCUGCUGAAGCCAGGGCAAAUUAUAAAGACGGAAUGGGAAGGGACGUGGUGGAAGAGCCGUGUGGAGGAAGUGGAUGGAAGCCUUGUCAAAAUGCUCUUUCUGGAUGAUAAGCGCAGCGAGUGGAUCUAUCGUGGCUCUACACGACUGGAGCCGAUGUUUAAUCUGAAAAUGAAUACUGCUAACAGUCAGGAGAAGAAGAUGGCUGGUCAACAGAGACAGCGCCCUAAUAUGGGAGCAUUGAGGACUAAGGGCCCUGUAGUGCAGUACACCAGUGACAAUAGUAAUGCUACCUCCAGUCGACCUGUAGCUCCACAGCUCCCACAGCUCCCUCCGCCUCGACCCCAGAUACAGCCUUCUGCACCCUUACAGCCUUCUCGCACAGAAAGUCCUAGCUUGAAGAGUCAAAUGGCUAAGAAAAGCACUGGUCAGGUUCCAUUUCAGACUCGACCGGUUAUGACCACUGACCUCCAAUCCAAAGCACUAUUCAGCACUGUUCCCCAGACCAACACCUCCAGGCUUUACGUUCUGCAGCCUGGUGCUGUACAUACGCUGACACCAAUCACUUCGGUCAAUCCUUUGCAGUCGGUCAUUACGACAUACGCAAGUGAGCGUAUUCCUCAGGAGCCGUCGUACCAGGCUCCAAACGACAGACCCUUCUACCUUACACACAUCUGCACUCCAGACUGUCUGAAGCGCAUUCGGCCCACCCGCCCCAGCCUGCACAGAGGACGCAACCCCCUUCUUACACCGUUGCUCUAUGAGUUUCGCCGCAUGACUGGCCGUAGACGGCUCAACCGCAAGAUGUCGUUCCAUGUCAUCUACAAGUCCCCGUGUGGUUUAAGUCUGAGAAAUAUGGCAGAGAUCGAACGUUACCUUUUCCAGUCACGCUGUGACUUCAUAUUCCUGGAGAUGUUCUGUUUAGACCCCUACGUGCUGGUGGACCGUCGAUUCCAACCCCAGAGGCCCUUCUACUUCAUCCGGGACAUCACGAGUGGCCGAGAGGACAUUCCUCUGUCUUGCGUGAACGAGAUUGACAACACUCCUCCGCCCAACGUGGCUUACAGUAAAGAGAGGAUCCCAGAAGAUGGUGUCUAUAUUAACACAAGCCCUGACUUCCUGGUGGGUUGUGACUGCACUGACGGCUGCAGAGAUAAAUCGAAGUGUUCGUGCCAUCAGUUGACACUGCAGGCCACAGGGUGCACUCCAGGAGGACAGAUCAACCCCAACGCUGGAUACCACAACAAGAGACUAGAAGAGUGUCUGCCUACAGGGAUCUAUGAAUGCAAUAAGCGGUGUCGCUGUAAUCCGCAGAUGUGCACUAACCGUUUGGUUCAGCACGGGUUGCAGGUCCGGCUGCAGCUUUUUAAAACACAGAAUAAGGGUUGGGGCAUCCGUUGCCUUGACGACAUUGCCAAGGGGUCCUUUGUUUGUAUAUAUGCAGGUAAAAUCCUGACAGAUGACUUCGCUGAUAAGGAAGGUCUGGAGAUGGGUGAUGAAUAUUUUGCCAAUCUGGACCACAUAGAGAGUGUGGAGAACUUUAAGGAAGGUUAUGAGAGUGAAGCUCACUGCUCUGAUAGCGAUGGCAGUGGGGUGGAUAUGAGCAGGGUUAAACUUCCUGCUUCCUCCAAACAUGCCAAACCCAACACCAAGGAGGAGCGUAGCAGCACUACUGGCAAAAGCCAAGACGAUUCGUCUGAAUCGAGCUCCGACGACAAAGAGGAAGAUUCAAACGAGGACGAGAGCGACAGUUCAGAUGACACGUUUGUGAAAGACACAUAUUACACCACUAGCUCGGUGUGGAGGAGCUACACCACCCGCAGACAGGCCAAAGGAAUGAAGGAAGAGAGCCAUGACAGUAAGGAUGGAUUGAGUGCAUCAGCAGGAGACGAGAGGAAACCACCUCCUGUGCCAGAGGAGACCGGGAAGAGUAAAGUGGCAUCUUGGCUCACCAGUCAAUCCUCUGCUUCUGGAGCUCAGAACGUGAAGAUGGAGGGAGGGCUGAAGGCUGAAAAGAAGGAAGUGAUGACACUCUCUGACAGCGAUGAUGUGCAAACCAUCAGCUCAGGGUCAGAUGACAACAAAGAGAGAGAGAAAAAGACUCAGGCCGUGGUAAAGAGGCAGGUGGCAGUGAAGUCCACACGUGGCAUUGCUUUGAAGUCCUCCCACAGUCUGAUGGUCAAGUCGGGUGGAGCGGUUGGAGGAAGUGGGUCUGGAGCUCCUCAAGGACAGGGAGGUGGUGGGGGUGACAGUGGUCCGAAAAACACCCGCCUGUUCUUUGACGGGGAGGAGUCUUGUUAUAUCAUUGAUGCCAAACUAGAGGGCAACCUGGGACGCUACCUCAACCAUAGCUGCAGUCCCAAUCUGUUUGUCCAGAAUGUCUUUGUAGACACUCAUGAUCUACGCUUCCCCUGGGUGGCCUUCUUCGCUAGCAAGCGAAUCCGAGCAGGGACAGAGUUGACGUGGGAUUAUAACUAUGAAGUUGGCAGUGUGGAGGGUAAAGAGCUUCUGUGCUGCUGUGGAUCGACAGAAUGCAGAGGACGGCUGCUCUAACACAUGAACAUAAAGGUUCCUCUUUUAGUAUAUGUUCAUGAACACUUACUUAGAGCUCCAGAAGCUGGCGUUGACCAUAUAAGGUCUAUGCUACUGAUAAGAACAGAGGAGACACUAAAUGAAGAGGAGUUUGUACCUGGAGCUGUAAUUAGAUUCCAGACAAAAGAGGCGGAUCAAGUCUAUGUAUAUGUGCGCAUUCUAUUAGCUGUCCCGAUUCGCAAAGCUCUGCCUUGUACUUGAACCAAGGCUAUGACAUAAUCGCGAAUUUAUACAAUCCUUUCAUUAAACAGCUGUUUUUUUUAUCUGUCAAUCUCAUGACUGUAAUGUUUUUUUCAUCUUUUAUGUAAUACAUUGUUUUCAAAAUGAGAAUCCGUUGUUUAUUUUUUGUUUUUACUGUUGUUUUUGUGAUCAACAUUGUAUGCUACUGGUUAGAUGUGCAGUAUUUGGUUGUGUUUUGAAAAACGAGCAAAAUUGUACUUUUAUCACAGUUACAAUAAACGUUCU